UAAACUUCUCACUUAAAUCCAACUCUUCAUUUUCCAGGUGAUGUCUCUGUUUAGAAGACGGUAUUAGGAGGGGGGGGAGAAAUAUCUGCCGCUCUUACUGUUCGCAAGGGAUUGGAAAACGCUGGGGGAACAUGUCUAAUGAGAUUGAGCUUUAAAAAGAAGAGAAGCUAAACUGGAGGUGGGGGACAACGACAAGGACCUGCCAUUGAGUGCCUACCUACUUACGUCAUUUUAUAGCCCUUCGCAUCUUCAGCCCAUAACCGAUUUAUCCUCACAACAACCAGUUUCAGGUCUGUGCGCCUUCUGAAGAAUGACGGGAUGGGCUUCCAGAAAUACUCCUAUAUGAACGAAGACGAGGCUUGGAAGAGUUACCUUGAGAACCCUCUGACAGCAGCCACCAAGGCGAUGAUGAGAGUUAAUGGAGAUGAUGACGGCGUGGCUGCCUUGAGUCUCCUCUAUGACUAUUACAUGGUUCCAAAGGAAAAGAGGAUCCUUCCAUCUGGAACAAUGGGGCGCAAUGAACUUGGGAAGAGACACUGUCACGGGAUGGAGUAUGAACCUGAUAUUUCCUCCUUUGAAAGCUCUGCUCACCUCAUGAAGCUCUUGGCUGAAAAUGUUUCCAUGAACCAAGAAUAUUCCGAUGUGCCUAAGAAAAAUGGCUUAGGGCUGGAGGGUAUCCCCUCUCCUCACAAGCCACCUGCCCUGCCUCCUGGCACCAGCAAGUUGGAAACCAAUCCUGAGAACUAUAUGAUAACAUCAGGGGAUGUGUACGACAACAGCUCUCUCAACUCCCUCUUUGACGUGAUCCCUGUGGCUCCGCCGCAGCAGAGGUGGCAGCCAGACAGCACGUUCAAAGAAGACCCUCAGGAGACGCUGAUCUUCAACGAUAUUCUGAAGUCCCAGACAGAAGCACCAUGUCCAGAGGCUUAUUCUGCUAGCGAUGCCAAGAGUGACUUUGAAUACACUUUGGGAUCCCCAAAAGCUAUUCACAUCAAAUCAGGUGACUCACCCAUGGCCUACCUCAACAAAGGACAGUUCUACCCAGUCACGCUGCGGACAGCUGGAGAUGCUAAAUGUUUACACCUGUCCUCAAAUAAAGUGAAGAGUGUCGUGAUGGUGGUGUUUGACAAUGAAAAGAUUCCAAUGGAGCAGCUCAAGUUCUGGAAGCACUGGCAUUCCCGUCAACCCACCGCCAAACAGAGAGUCAUCGAUGUCGCUGACUGUAAAGAGAAUUUCAAUACUGUGCAGCAUAUUGAGGAGGUGGCUUACAACGCCUUGUCCUUUGUCUGGAACAUUGCUGAAGAAGCAAAGGUGUUUAUUGGCGUGAACUGCUUGAGCACAGAUUUCUCCUCCCAGAAAGGUGUGAAGGGUGUCCCUUUGAACCUCCAGAUAGACACUUAUGACUACAGUACUGGGACAAACCGGCUAAUUCAUCGAGCUGUCUGCCAGAUCAAAAUAUUCUGUGACAAGGGAGCAGAGAGGAAAAUGCGAGACGAUGAACGCAAGCAGUUCAGGAGGAAGGGAAAAUGCUUGGACACCAAUAACAACGGUCUGAAAAGCUGUUUGGUUUCAGGUUUCCGAGGCAACGAAAUCACUUAUCUCAAGCCGCAGGCUGACUUGGAAACCCAGCCAGUCCUGUUUAUUCCACAUGUCCAUUUUUCAAACCUCCAGAGAUGUGGAGCGGUAUUACCCUCUGCUGGCGUUCCACACGACUCUAGCAGGUUGCCCUUAAAACGGAGCUGCCCUUCAUUUCCCGCUGAAUUUGAUCCUUUAGCUUCAAAACAAGCCAAAGAAGAAGACCCUCAACGAGUCUUGCUCUAUGUGCGAAGGGAAUCAGAGGAGGUUUUUGAUGCUCUCAUGCUGAAGACGCCAGACCUCAAAGGCCUGAGGAAUGCUAUUUCAGAAAAAUAUGGUCUGCCUGAAGAAAGCAUCUAUAAAGUCUACAAAAAAUGUAAACGAGGGAUCCUGGUGAACAUGGAUAACAACAUAAUUCAGCACUACAGCAACCAUAUGGCCUUUUUACUUGACGUGGUAGAAGCAGAGGACAAGUUCCAGGUGACCCUCAAGGAGCUCUAAAGACUGAAAAGGCUGCCCUUCUACUGAGAUGCUGCUUGGGAAGCUGAGUUUGAUCCCACCCACCACCGCAGCCCAAACCAUCGGCUCCAAGUGUUUGACUUGAACGCAAUCCCUUUGGAGGGAGCGAGCAAGAGAGACAGCACCAUGGCUCCACAUGUGAAGAGUGCUUUGAAGAUCAAUGUGAAUGUGGAACUUCUAUCCAUUGAGGAGGAGAUUAUUAUUUUAUACUUUAUGAUGAUGAUGAUGAUCCUCUGCCAGGCAAUGAAUUCUGACCUUUUUCACUGUUCCACACUCAGGAAAGUACCAAGUUCUGUCAGGCUGCGGCCUAGGCAGGGGAAUGGCCUGGUGACUGUGUUUGUUGUUUUUGUUAAUGGUUAGUCUUGGCUUCUCAUGGCCUAAUAGGCAAAACCAGAGCACUGGUCACACAGAAUUGUUAAACUAGUUUCCAAGAGACUGUCACAACUGUGUAUGAAUGUUAACAAAUGCACCCCCCGACACCCCCCCCCAGACUUUAUACCCUCUCACUGCCUUACUACUUGCCCUCAGAACCCUGGAUGUAAAUACCCCCAAGAGAAGUACCUGGCAAGAGUGACUGUUUUAUACAUUUCUGAUUCCUCUUGUUCUUUUAUAAAUAUAUAUAUAUAUAUAUAAUAUCUCUUUCUCUGUCUGUGAAUAUGUAUAAAUAUAUCUUGUUCUAUAUUGAACAUGACAUGCAGGAAGGCAGAGCAUUUCAAAACCAGGCUGCUUCACAUUUCCCCGGGGUUCUCUUUGUUUCCCCCCCCCCAUUUUGUUCAUUUUUGUUAUUUUUUGGUAUAUUAUAUGGUUAAUAAAGAUUCCAAGAUUGAAAUCAA